CCACCUGAAUGUCGUACGAGUCUUUUGGAGAUUUUCAGAACAGCGACAAACCUCAAUGAAGUCCUUCCAGUUCUUCUCCUUGCUGCUGAUUGGUUUUCAACUCCAUGAUCAUUGCCUCCAAGGACACCCCGUUGAUAAGGAAAGUCAUGGAGGUAGAAACUCACCCAAAUAUCGGAGGCCCCCUUUGAAACUUCAAGAAAGCAAAGCCAUAAACUGGCAUAAGAUCGUUCCAAGUAAUGCUGACUUUGCAUUCAGAUUCUACAAGGAAAUCGCUUCCAAUGCAACUACCAAAAACCUUUUAUUCUCUCCCCUGAGCAUCUCCUCAGCCUUUGCAUUGCUCAGUCUGGGAGCUAAAUCUGAAACCCUUAAUCAGAUUCACAAGGGCCUUGCUUUUAACCUGUCCAAAAUUAAGGAACAGGAGAUACAUCGUGGAUUUCAAGAGCUCAUCCACAAGCUCAAACAUCCAAAUAAAGCAGAGGUGGACAUGGGGAAUGCUUUGUUCAUCAGUGAGAACUAUAAGUUAGAGCCAACAUUUUUGGAUGAUGUCAGGAACUUCUAUGAAUCUGAAGGCUUUUCAACAAACUUGGGGAAUUCCACGCAAGCUGAAGAUCAAAUCAAUGGUUAUGUACGGAGCAAAACUCAUGGGAAAAUAACCCACCUAGUUGAGAAUCUUUCCUCAAACACUCUAAUGGUUCUUGUGAACUAUAUCUUCUUUAAAGCCUUCUGGAAGGAUCCUUUUUAUCCUGACUCGAUAAAGGAAGAAGAUUUUUUUGUAGAUACAAACACAACUGUAAAAGUCAAAUUAAUGUAUGAAAGAGGUUAUUACAAUGUUCUCCAUGAUGAAGAUCUGUCUUGCUGGGUGGUGGAACUUCCUUUCAAAGGAGAUGCCGUAGCAUGGUUCAUAUUGCCAGACAAAGGGAAACUGAAGCAUGUGGAGGGUGCUUUGGCAAAAGAAGCUGUGUCUAUAUGGCCAACAUAUUUUACAAAGAAGAUAAUAAGACUAAGUAUUCCAAAAUUUACUAUUUCUGCAACUUGUGAUAUGAAAUACAUCUUCCAGAGAUUGGGUGUGACUGAUGUCUUUAGUGGCAAUGCAGACCUGUCUGGAAUUACCAGCCAACACAGUCUGAAAGUUUCUAAAGCUAUUCACAGGGCUGUGUUCGAUCUCAAUGAGAAUUACACUGUGGUGGAGGGAGCCGCGGGGCCGCCAGGACCCCUAAUUCCAUAUGUUUCAUAUGGUGAACUAAGUUCUCCUCCUCCUCCUCCUCUUCCUCCUCCCCCUACUCUUCCACCACCUCCUCCGAUCAUCAGAUUCAACAAGCCCUUCCUGUUGUUCAUCGUUGAAAAGAAAACAAACAGCAUCCUCUUGAUGGGGAAAAUUGUGAAUCCAACGGAAAAACUUAUUUUUGGUGAAGAAUCAAAGACUUCAAAUUACAACCUUUCUGGAUAAUUAAAUAACACAUGUUUGCAUUUCUGCUAUGCUUACCUUAGUAUUGGUGUAGCUCCCACAGUGCAAUACAGCUUUGUUUUAAGGAUGAAAGAGAUAAUGACUAUGAAGUAUUUGUGUAAUUAAAAAUAAACUUAAAGCACUGAA